AUUUUCUCUCUCUCUCUCUUCACUCUGCUCAAAAAAGGGGAGGAAUUGCAAAUAGACGCCAACGAGCGACAGGUUAUAGGACGAGAUGUCAUUCUCAAAGACUCAGAACACCGAGCUCUAUGUAUACUCUGGGAUUGUGGAGUCGUACCUUGGGAAGAGAGCGUCGACAGUGGUUUCGUGCCUGAUUGACUAUGGGCGACUCAGCUUGAAGGACCUUGUUAAGAGAACAAAGAUGCAGGGAGUUCUCGUUAAGAAGACUUUAGUUAGUCUUAUCCAACUGAACUGUAUCUCUGUGUGGGAGGAGACAAACUUCAGAUCCACAACAACGUUCUAUUCCUUCAGAGAGGACGGUGCACUUUUGAUGCUGUACUCUGGUGAGAUCAUUUCACAUAUCGAGGAGAUCUAUAACAACGAUCCGUCCACUACCCAAAUCGUACAGAACUUCCUUAGCUUGGGUAACUUGACCAUCUCUGACUACAUUGCCUCUCUUGGUGCUCUAGAUGCCGAAACUAUAGACAAAUUGGAGAGAUGCUUUAUGCAAUUGGUGAGGGAUAAGUUCCUGGUUCCAGUACAAAAAUCACAUUUCUACCCUGUCAAGGAUCUUUGGAUGAAAACAAUGAAAGCUGCAUAUCUACAGGUCCCCAAUGGAGCUGCUCUUUCCGAGUUGAAGCGCACUGCGGAGGCCAAAGAGAAGGCAAAGCUUCAAUUUUUCAAUAUACUCAACGCUGAACCGGAGGCUCUAUACCUAAAGGACAAGGCAACUUCCAUCUUGAAGAUCAACUCAAACAUAUCUUUAACAUUCAACUUGAAAAGAUACAUGAAAUCUCGAAGAAGUAUUCAACUGGCUCAGUUGUGCUCUCAUAGAGUUGGUAAAGUCACAUCGAAAGUCUUUUACAAGGCACUAUUGCACGAUGAGAAGAACUCACCAGAUGUUGUCAAUCUGUUGCAUCAGAUCGGACUCACCAAUGAGGAAAUUGUGCUUGGUUCACAUUAUGAACCACUUCAAAAUAACCUGUUCGCUGCAAAGGACAUUGUUAAGAACAUUGAUUUUUCACUAGAUAAUUCUAUCGUCACUGGUGUUACCAAACGUACACAGCCAACUGCAAAGCUCAACAACACUAAACGUAUAAAGCUAGAGAAUGGUGAUUACGGAACUGUAACUGGAAAUGGAGACAUGGAUGGUGAUGAUGAUAGUGAUGAUGAGGAUGAUUUUGACGACAUGGGCGAAGGCUUUGUACAAAAUGGCGCACCACUUGCAACUGUGGAUCAACAUCUAAGAAUCCUCACAAACUCUUCUAUCCCAUUCUUGAAGAAGGAAAACUCUUCCUACUACAUCCCAUACCCAGAACUUAUGAUUCACUUGAAGAGAUCUCUAUCUGAUUCCAUAAUCUCCAGUACAUUGGGCUCGCCAUGUGCACGUAUCAUGAGAUGUGUUCGUGGCAAUAGACUCGUCUCUGAAAAAUUUAUCAGCUCUACUGCUCUGUUGAGAGAGAAGGAUGCUCGUUCCUUAACCUCCACUUUGGUUAAAUACAACAUGCUACAGAUCCAAGAAGUUCCAAAGACCGCUGACCGUGCAGCUUCCAAGUCAGUGUUUUUGUUCCGUGUGAAUGAAAAGCACGGAAACAAUACUCUCAAGACAAACAUCUGUUGGAAUAUGGGUAAAAUCUUGGAGAAGAUUGCACUGCUGAAAGCUGAAAACGCACAGCUGAUUUCCAAGAUCAACAGAGAUGACGUUAAGGGGAAAGAGUUGGAAUACUUACUGCCUAGUGAAUUGACCCAGCUGAAAAAGAUGAACGAUACAGAGCUAAUGCUCACUACAAAAUUGCAUAGACUAAUCUCCUUGUGGGAGGUUUUCAAAUUCUACUGAUAGCCAAUACCUAUGAGGUUAAUACAGUGUUAUUCACUUAAUAAAAUCGGUUGUAACGCCA